AAUAGGAAAGUAAAAAGUGAUUCAUUGAAGUUGUUUACUUUUGCUUGACUUGAGUAACAUAUCUUCCUUGAAAAAGUUGUUCAUGAAGCAUAAAUAACCUUUUCUCAUAAGUUAAUUAUAUAUAUAAAAUCAUUUUGGUUUUCAUCCAAAUUAGGAGGCAAAAGCUUUGGAAACAUACACCUUCGACAGAGCAAAUUUUCACACACAAUAUACCAUAACAAAGUAUUGACAUCUUGAAGUGAGUCUCUAUCUUUUGAAGAGAGAGAGAUGGAGGAAAGGAGUAAGAUGGAUAACUAUGAUGAAGUUGAUGAUGUCAUAUUGCCAGGUUUUCGUUUUCGUCCAACAGAUCAAGAACUUAUUGGUUUUUACCUCAAGAAAAAAAUUCAGCAAAAGUCUCUUCCUAUUGAACUUAUAAAGCAAGUUGAUAUUUACAAUUAUGAACCAUGGGAUCUUCCAAAAGAGCUGGCUAGUACAAGUAGUGAAAAAGAAUGGUAUUUCUACUGUCCAAGGGAGAGAAAAUAUAAAAAUAGUUCAAGACCAAACAGAGUAAUUACUAGAAAUAAUGGUAAGUCAAUUGGAUAUUGGAAAGCAACUGGAACAGACAAAGCUAUAUACUCAUCAGAUGGAAAAUGCAUUGGUUUGAAAAAAUCACUUGUGUUCUACAAAGGCAGAGCUUCCAAUGGGAAUAAAACUGAUUGGAUGAUGCAUGAGUUUAGGCUACCUUGUAUUUCUAACUCAACUUCUCCUAAAAAGUUGUUUGAUAAAAGCUUCUCCCCAAAUGAUUCAUGGGCAAUAUGUAAAAUCUUUGAGAAACCUACUUCUUCAUCAAUGGUUCAAAAAGCUUUAUCUCACCCUUGGAUAUCUCAAUUACCUGGAGGAAGAGUUUCUGAAUUACUCACACAAACUUCAAACACCAACCAAUUAUGUUCACAAAGUAAUAUAUCUUUAUCCACAAAAACAGAACAAGAAUCAUCAACCAUCAAAUUUUGUAGCAACAACACCAACAAUUUCUCACCUUCAUAUUUUCCAAAUUACACAAUUUCCAAAUCCUCACAAAUUCCUAAUGGAGACAAUGUUGUUCAUAAUAACAUAAUGUUAUACAACACAACUGAAGCCACAGAUUCUACAAAGUGCCCAAUUGAUACAAGUUCAAUUAUUUCCAAUACUAACUAUAUUGGUCUUGAAGAUGCAAAUAAUCAAUAUAGUAAUUUCUCAAUUAAUCUACCUAAAGAUAUUCAACCAAACAUUGGAACAGAAUUAGAAGAACAAGAUUGGAAGAAGAAUCCAUACUAUUGGGAAACUAUAGGAAGAACAAUUGAAUUUCCCUUCAAUUUGUCUCCAAAUUAUGAUGCUUUGAGGGAAAAUUUUACAUGGGACUCUCUUCCUUGCACUAGUGAAAUGUCUACAAACUAUGUCACCAGUGUAGCUAAAUGCUACACGUAGGGUAUGUUCGGAUUUAUGUUUCCCAAACAAAAUCAUGGUGACAGUGUCAUUUCGUCAAACUCAUUGUAAUUACAAAUAUCCACUUAAACUGAAGGAGCUAUUUAUUAGCAUGAUUAGGUAGUAAUUAUAGCAAAUUAAACUAUAGUUAUAGUGUGGUUAAUUAUAAUUUUUUACCAAUUAGUAUAUUUACCACUAAAAUCAUUACCAUGUACAUUUGGUUGUGAUUUUACUUGUAAAUGUACAUGUUUUAGUUAUUGUUUCCUUGUAUAUUUAUUUGUACCUUAAAAUUAGUACCACUAGGAACAUACAAAAGGCCACAAAAUGUAUAAUAGGGGUAUUGUUAUAUAUGGAGUUAAAUUUUUGUAUA